ACAAUGAGGAGAGAGCUCGUGUGCGUCCUGCUGCUUUGCGGAGCAGCUCUCACCUUGUCCAGCCAGGAAAUCCACACCCGAUUCAGAAGAGGAGCCAGAUCUUACAAAGUGAGUUGCAGAGACGAGAAGACGCAGACGCUGUACCUGCAGAACGAGUCGUGGCUGCGCCCGGGCGUGCGGGGCAACCGCGUGGAGUACUGCCGCUGCGUGGCCGGCCGCGCGCACUGCCACUCGGUGCCCGUGAGAGUCUGCAGCGAACAGAGGUGCUUUAAUGGCGGGGCGUGUCGGCAGGCUGUCUAUUUCUCAGAUUUUGUCUGCGAGUGUCCUGAAGGCUUUUUGGGGAAACACUGCGAAAUAGAUGCCAGUGCCACGUGCUACAAGGACCAGGGUAUCACCUACAGGGGCACGUGGAGCACCGCGGAAAGCGGGGCCGAGUGUGUGAACUGGAACAGCAGCGUGCUGGCCCUGAAGCGCUACUCAGGGCGGAGGCCCAACGCCAUCCAGCUGGGCCUCGGGAAUCACAAUUACUGCAGAAACCCGGACGGGGACUCAAGGCCCUGGUGCUACGUCUUCAAGGCGGGCAAGUACAGCAGUGAGUUCUGCAGCACGCCAGCCUGCCCGGAGGAAAAAAAUGAGGACUGCUACUUUGGAAAAGGGUUAGCAUACCGUGGCACCUCCAGCCACACUACGUCUGGUGCCCCCUGCCUCCAGUGGAAUUCCAUAGUCCUAACAGGCAAGGUCUACACAGCGUGGAAGACCAAUUCUCAGGCACUGGGCCUGGGCAACCACAAUUACUGCCGGAACCCAGAUGGGGAUGCCAAGCCUUGGUGCCACGUGCUGAAGGACCGCAAGCUGACGUGGGAAUACUGCGACGUGCCCCAGUGCUCCACCUGUGGUCUGAGACAGUACAAGCAGCCGCAGUUUCGCAUUAAAGGAGGACUCUACACAGACAUCACGUCUCAUCCGUGGCAGGCCGCCAUCUUUGUCAAGAGCAGGAGGUCACCAGGAGAGAGGUUUUUUUGUGGGGGAAUACUAAUCAGUUCCUGCUGGGUGCUGUCUGCUGCCCACUGCUUCCAGGAGAGGUAUGAUGCCCACCACCUUAGGGUGGUCUUGGGCAGAACAUACCGAGAGGUCCCUGGAGAGGAGGAGCAGAAAUUUGAAGUCGAAAAAUACAUCGUCCAUGAGGAAUUUGAUGAAGACACUUACAACAAUGAUAUUGUCCUGCUGAAACUGAAGUCGGAGUCGCUACACUGCGCCCAGGAGAGCGACACCGUCCGCACUGUGUGUCUCCCCGAGGCCAACCUGCUGCUGCCCGACUGGACAGAAUGUGAGCUGUCUGGCUACGGCAAGCACGAGGCGUCUUCUCCUUUCUAUUCUGAGCGGCUGAAGGAGGCUCAUGUCAGGCUGUACCCAUCCAGCCGCUGCACAUCACGGCAUCUGUUCAACAGAACCGUCACAAGCAACAUGCUGUGCGCUGGAGACACGCGAAGUGGUGGGAACCAGGCAAACCUGCACGAUGCCUGCCAGGGUGACUCAGGUGGCCCCUUGGUGUGUAUGAAGGACAAUCGCAUGACUCUGGUUGGCGUCAUCAGUUGGGGCAUUGGCUGUGGGCAGAAAGAUGUUCCUGGUAUAUAUACCAAGGUUAUUAAUUACCUAGACUGGAUUCAAAACAAUAUGCGACUGUGA